AUGGGAUUGUUGGGAGUCAUAAGCUUUUCUUUAGCACUGGUAUCUUUAACUCAGGUAAAUAUGACUUUUUAUUUAUUUUUUUUACUCAACAAGAAUAUGAGUAAGGGUCUAACAUUAUAACCUGGAAUAAUUUCUUAUUACUGUUAUUUACAGAUAUCUAGCUGUAGUGCAAAAGGUAAGUGAAUCAAGAAAUUAAAUGUACUUGUGAUUUUAGAGCGAGUGUAUAUGGAUAUUUUCUGUUUCUUUACUUGUACAAUAUAGAGUGGAUCAGGAAAGCCAAAAUCAAAACUUCAGUCUAAAUUUACUUUCACCAUAAAAAGACAAAUUAAAGGUUGGUUUUGGUGUUUUGUAGUUAUAUUUCAGUGCUGCCUGUUUCCAUCUCUUUCAGGGUGCAAAAUCACGUCAGCCACAGCUUCAGGCCCCUCAUCCAUCCGGGUAAAAUGGAAACCAUGCGAAGAUGCAACAAACUACUUUUUGGACCUUCGGGUGAAAAACAAUACAAACUUUGCACCAGUGGUGGUGACACUUUCUGCACGCACCACAGAGUGGAAUGUCAAUGGUCUGAGAGCAGGAUCGGACUACAGUGUAACCCUCAAAGUCUUUGAGUUCUACUAUGUGGUGUGUGUGGAUACAGUUGAAGCAACGACAGGUAAACAGAAUGAUAGAACAAGAAGGUAAAAUUGACCUAUUACUGUGAGUGCAGAAAUAUCUUCCUUUUUUAAUGUCAUUUACGUUUUAGGGGUCAAAUGUGGACAUGAUUGAUUUAACGGCGCAAAAUUCUGAACAAAAACUGCACUCCUUAAGGGCUGUGUCAAUAAAUAGUUCAUAACACUACUUUAAAGCCCCCUUAUAAUGCAUUUUGUCUGCUCUCUCCCUCCCAGUCCCCGCCAAAUCACAGAUAGUAGACGGCAGGGCGUUAUCGAGCACUUCAAUAAUGGUAGAAUGGACAGAAGUUCCCUCAGCAGAGUACUAUUACCUGCAGGUGAUCUCUCAGACAACAGGAGAAGUGUUCAACCAGACCUACAAAAACUCGUCUGCAGUCGUGGGAAACCUACAGUCCUCCAGCAACUACGACAUCUACAUCUUCACAGUAAAUCAUGCCGGGAUGGGGGGCAGCAGCAAAGUCAGGACCGUCACAACCUGUGAGUGAAUUCAUCUCCAAGCUAAAAAGAGCUUUUGAAGAAAGGGUGGAUGGUAUAAAGACAAAGAAACAUCUCAGUAUCUAAUGUGAAGAAAAUUGAAAAGUUGGGGGUACGAUUUAAGACAAGCACUGGUAUCUUCAGAGGUUUUUUGUUCAGAGGACCCAACAAAAAUGUUGCUCAUUGCAAUUUUGUUUUAUGGUUGUUAAGCCGAGAUUCAUGACCAGAAAAAUAGGUAGUUGCUUUCAAUUACAUGUCUUGAUGGUACAGCCCAUAAAUAUGAAUGUAUAUGAAAGUAUUGCCGAUGAAUUUUAGAGUUAGCCUGAUGUAUAAAGUGGGCCUUAUCGUACAUUACAUCCUCUUUUUUUAACAUCUAUGCCUCUUACACAUCAAAGAUGUCAAAUCCUGAGAUUUUUGUUAUCUCUCCAUGAUAGUAAUCCUGAGUGGAAUCAAGUUUUUGAGAUGAAAUACUGAGAAAAAGAGAUCCUGGACAAUAUCCGAAUCAAUAAGUGUGAUUUCUAUUCCUUGAGGACAUUUUUAGCAUCCUUGGAAAAUCCAAAUUGCACUGUGGCCAAUAUUUAAUUAAACCACUGCAGCAAAAUUUGGGUUUAUCAGUUAUAGAGAAGACAUUUCUGGGAUAAAAUUUUGGCACAUCCAUUAUUCCACAUAUCUGUUUUGGACUCCAAAACAACUUAGCAGUAUUAAGAUUAAUAUGUUUCAAUGAUGUAUCCUCUAACAAAGCCCUUAUGUCUGUCUGUCUGUAGUGGUGAUGCCUCCAGUCGGUGUUCAAGCAACACAAACUGGCUUAGGAAUGGCGAGGGUGACAUGGCAGCCAGUGGAGGACGUUCUGUUGUACAGUGUCAUUGUCAGAGAUGUUGAUGACCCAGGCAGCCGGCCUAAAGUCUACAAUGUCUCAGACACCAGGCUGGAUGUUCAAGGCAUCCUCCCAUGCUCCACCUAUCUGAUAUCCGUGUCCUCUUUCAACAAGUUCCUGAUUCCGAGUGAGCCCACGGACCACACAUACACCACUAACAGUAAGUCUCCGUGGCCAAACAAAUAUCAGUAACUUGUUGAUUAGGAUCUAGGUCAGCUUUUCUCUCUGAGGCGUUCCUUUCAGACAUGCAGAAUGUGAUCCUCAGGGGAAAUAGGAUUCAGAUGAUUCACAUCCUACUUGUUGUUGAGCUUGUCGUGUAAAUAUGCACCUUGGAAAAAUUAAAAAUCCUCAGUAAAUGUUUGCUCAUUUUACCAGUUUUAGUGUUGGCCUCUUCUGAGUAGCCAGAGAAAAUUUGGAAAUCCUCAUCUUUGCAUACAGUAGCCUAUUUGUAGAGGGGUAAACGGCGCCCCUCUCAACCGAUAGACACAAACUUGAAUUUUUUCAUCGGAGCUGAACAGUAUCUUGAUUGUCUGGUACAACAAAAUUAUCACUCUCCAUUGACAGUUUCUGAUAUCAACUGUGUUGACUGUGGACCUCUUUUGACUUUCUAGUAAUUUUUCGUCCCAUGAAUAAAACUCAUUGAGUGAAUUCUCUCUCCGGCAGAGCUUACACCUGUAUCUUCAGUUUCCGUCGACUACACCUGCACCACCGACUCAGUCAUGGUGGAGUGGACUGGUGUGUUUGGUGCCGACUCAUACGAGGCAAUGGCAGUCAGUGAAAACGGCACAAAACGGAUGUGCACCAGCCCUGGAACCAACUGUAGGAUUAGUGGACUGAUCUGUAGCCAGAGCUACGUGGUCCACGUAGUACCCAUUUCAGAGAGCUGCACGAACACGUUAAACACCACCACAGUCACUUUUCAGACAGGUAAGACACAGCGGUCUUUGAAAAAGGAACUAUUGUGUUAAAUGACUCAGCAGUUUCUUUUGUUAAAGCCAAGAUAAUUGAUCUUCUUUGGAACAAAAGGAAAAAUUUGACCUGUGGUUUUCUGAUCGGACCUGAUGCCAAUAAAGAUUCAAGAGGAUUGUGCUUACAGUAUCCAAAUCAACAUAUCCACAAGUGUUACUGCUCUUUAAAGUCUGGUUCAAGGUUCAAGCUGGAGUUUACCUUCAAAAACCCAGCUUGUGAUCUUGUUGACAAACUGAUUGGGUGGAAAAACUGGAAAACAUUUCAUCUAAAUCCAAAGAGGCAGAAAAAAAAAAAAUCAGAUCUAGUCAUGAGAAAGAGGAAUUAUCUCCAGAGAUACACAGACAAUUCCUCCAAAUACCCAAGUCUUUAAUCUUCAGGGGGAUUUUAAUAGAUGUUUAAAACACGUCCAUAGUCAUUGGGAUGCUUUUCCCAAUCAGACAGAACUCUUUGUCCAGGCCGCAAAUCCACAGGUGUGGAGUACUUCCUGUUAUUGGGAAGGCUUCAACUACAACAGCUAAACAACCCUUCAUAUUAUUUCAAUCAGUUUCACCUGCUUUUAAAACAAGUUAACAGUAAUUGUAAGUGCUGUGCUAACAAAAAGUCUGGACCUACUGCUUUCUGUGUUUUAGUUAUUAUAUCCAGGCUUCAUGUAGCUCUAGAAUUGCGCUUGUCACAUCUUAAGUAGUACAAUCUAAAAAUCUGAAAAUCUAAAAAAUCCAAAACUUGAUCAAGUUUCAAACAAGAACCACAAGUUCAAAUAAAGGUCUGAACUGGAUUAGUAUCAGUGCCGUCAGUGCCUUACACCUGACGGAGAUGCUCCGUGACUUUUACAGCUCCACCCAACCAUCCGUUUAGUGGAGGCAGUUAAUCCUGUCAUCUCACGUAUCACUCUAUUCUCUGGGCUGAGAUUUUCUGUCCAACCUAAUCCCCGGGGGGGUCACAGGGGCUGACGUGACUUGGAUGAUUCUCAAUAUGAUUUUAUGACAAGUUACCGUUUGAUCCAAGGUGUACGGCUAUUUAAUACUUGAGGGAACUCUGGAUAAAUGCAAUCUUGUGACUUAACACUUUUUUCCUUGAGCCUUAAGGAGUAAUAAAAUGUAACUGAGCCAAUUAAAAAAUUAUUUUGAUCUAGUCUGGUAAAUUAACACUGCUGUUAUUGGCCUCAAAUGGCCUCAGCGUUUACCAUAAAGAAAAAAAAAAAAACAGGAUUUCAGGGAUUAAAAUCCAGCGAAAUAAAACUCAGACUCAAAAUCAUAAAAGCAAUAAGAACAUAUAGACAUCCACUUUAUUUUUUAACUAAACUUCAUUUUUUUUUAAUUAUUAAAAAAGCUUUUUAAGUAAUUUUUAAGUAUGUUUAAGUUCUUUUUGUAGAAAAAUGCACCUUCAUAGUUUGUGUCCCCCCCCCUCAGGUUAAGGCACACGGAGGUCGGAUCAGUUAGAAGUCAUUUGGGGAUAGCUGUUUACAUCUUUGUUGGUCGGUUUCAAAAUACACCGCAUCAGUAGGUGUCUACUUUAAAAAACUGGGUCUUCUAUUGAGAUUCUCUUUCCUUAUCAUAUUGUGUUGUGUUCAGGCUGCGAAGAAUGAGCCUGUGUUUGUGUUAAACCUGAAACCUUGUACAGUGAAAAGCAUCGCUGGAGCAUAAUCUUCAGUAUCAGGGCGUUUUAACCUGAAUGGGAUAUGAGACGCUGGCUUUUUGAUGUUGAUAUUUAACUCCAUGUACGUUUUUCUUUUUUUAACAUCUCUUAUCUGUGUAUGUCUUUAUGUAUGUUCCUAUCUAGCUUCCUAUUUAAUGUAAAAGAGAUUGAUAGAUGGUCGUCUAUUAAAAAGUGUCAAUUUCCUCUCAGUCCCUUGUCCCCCAAAGCAGCUGGAGUUAUUGCGAGAGUGUUCCAGUGAAGUCAUUGUCUUCUCCUGGGAGCACACAAACAACACAGACCACUACAUGGCCAGAGCAGUGGACUCUCAGGUACUGCACUCAAACGGUCCUCAUUAUCAAAUAAAACAUAGAAUAAACCCCAGGAAAUUCUCAAAAUUAAAAUUUCUUACCGUGGGACGAGAAUUUGGAUUCCACUCUCAGGGCUGUUUGUCCUAUAAAAAGGAAGUUAGCUCAGCGCAAAGACUGGAAAAAGCAAGGAAAAAGAAGGUCAUACUUACAAAGGUUAACUAAUUUUAUGUGCAUGUAUUUUGAUUUAAGUUACCCAGCAAAACAACUUCUGUUUUUCUCCAGACUGGGAGAUUUUGAAGUCCCUGCUUAUAACCUCAUGCCUAAUUGUUCUUUUGCUGCAGCUUUUGUGCUGUUUUUGUACAUUCAGGUAGAGGUUGUGUGCCAUUUCUUUUGGUUUCAAUCAUUGAUCUCUCCAUUUUGAAUUAAAAGGAUUUGGUUCAGCAUUUGGGCACUGAUUAUUUCAUGAUGUAGGUUUGUUUGGGCUUUGUGAAAGACAUGAGAAAUGCAAAGUAUGACCUGCAACAUGCUUUCAGGCUCUGAAGCUUGUCCCAUACAGGAUUUAGUAGGUAACAGCAUAUCUACCACUGCUGAUAGUGUAAGAGCUGCAUGUUCAUGAGGUGCCAAAGCUACCUGUUGUAAAUCUAGAAUAAGUGAGGUAUUGAGCUGCUAGCUGUAGCUCUAUAUUUAUAGCCCGGACUUAGACUGAGUCGUCUCGCUCAGCUAAGACAGCAAAUAACCACAUGUCUACAAAAAACACAUGAAGAUUAAUUUCAAAAUUGUGUUUAUUUUACGUGUUUUUUUAAUGUUUUGUGAUUCUUCCAUUAAACAGGGAGUGGUCCAGGAUUGUCUGACUGAGGACAACUCCUGUUAUUUCACACACACGGUUUGUGGACGACACUAUUACUUCAGCGUCUACUCCAUCACAGGACAAUGCAAUAGCCAGAUGAGCUCCACUGUUGACAUUCGAACAGGUAUGUCCAGAUUAUGUCUAAAUCAGAUCUCGGUUGAAGAUUUUUAAACCGUUUUUGUAUCCAAAUAGCAGCUGAGCUUGCUUCAGCUACAGUUGGACUUUCCAUCUUUUUGUGAGUGCCAUACAGUGGAAAGUGUUCACAUUGACAGAGACAAAAACUGAUACUGUUGAUGAUUAAUCUGCAUAACUUCAACUCUUUAUUUCUGUCUCCAGCCCCCUGUAUACCUCAGAAUCUGCAGACCUCUGCAGACUGCAGUUCAGAUGUUCUGCUCAGUAAGUGGGACCUGGCUGAAGGGGCUUUAAGCUACACGGUGGAGGCCUUUGGCAACAGGGGAACCAACAGCCACUACAACUGCUCCUCCAGGUCUAACAGCUGUGCUAUAGAGGGCCUCCACUGUGGAGAGUUUUUAACCGUCUACAUCACAGCAUAUGAUGAUGAGUGUGCCAGCCCCAGGACACUGGGGCCUGUGGCAGAGACAGGUGAGAGACUUUUUACAUAAUUGAUACUGAUACAAUACUUCUGUGGCUAAGGAUGGUUCUUGCCCAGAUGUCUUAAUGCAUGAGUGUAGUAUUUGAUUUUCGUGCAAAGUAAAGCAAAAGUCACAGAGGGGUUUUCAAUUUGGUUGUAAAUAUUUUUGUGAUAUAUUACUAAAACGUCAAAGGAAAAGUUUUGUGUCUUGAUGAGUAUGUUUUCCAUAACAGCACAGCUUAACAUCUAUGUUGUGGAUUAAAUCUUUGAGUUUUGCGUAAUUGUUUAGAUAAAACGUGUACUUUAAAAUGUUUACAUCCACAUGGUGGAAAGUUUUUGCAGACUUUUUUUCUUGUUUCAUGAUGUUUUUGGUCCAAAUUAUCGAAAAAAAUCUAUGAAAUUAUUGACUAAUGUAGUAGGAACUAAAUUUAUCAAUAGAUGUUCAUAACUUAUCAAAGAUGAAAAUGAUAAAGGCAUUAUCAAAGGAUUUUUUAGUUGUCGAUUGUAACAGAUUCUGGUCAUUCAACUGUGAGAAGGUUUAGGGGUCAAACUUGACCUCAUCGGGUUUUGUCUCUUCUUCUCUAGUCCCCUGCGCUCCUCGAAAUGUAUCCGCAGUAAGAGAAUGUGGAGCUGACUCCAUCACGAUGACCUGGAUCGGUGGAAGCGCGAUUUUUUACGUUGCUAUAGCGGUAGACAUCGACGGCGUCAUUCACAGCUGCAACGCCUUAGAUACAAUGUGUCAGAUCGUGGGCCUGAAAUGCAGCACCAACUACACAGCAUAUGUCCUCGCCUCCAACUUCAUGUGCAACAGCACUGGGAGUGAGAUGGUCACCAUAGAAACAGGUACUGGGCUUUCCUUUGGGAGGAUAUAGAUUGAAUGGCUUGUCAUUCCCAGUCCUUCUGUUUGGUCGUUCCUUUUGGUCAACUCUCCUUCUCCCUCAUUUCAGCCGCUUGCCCACCCAAUCAUAUUGAAGCCUCUCUGGACUGUGCCGCCAAUCAGGCUCUGAUUUCAUGGUUGGGCCAACCUGAGAUGAACUCCUAUACUGCCAUCAUCGAAGAUGAAAUUCAGGGUCUUCUCAGCUGCAGCUCCACCAACACCAGCUGCUGGAUACCCAACCUAAAAUGUGGCCAGCUGUACACCGUCACUGUCUCUCACCAUGAUGGCAUUUGUCCCAGCAUGCCCUCUAUGCCCAUCUACAUGGAUUCAGGUAGGGGCCCCUUAAGAAUCAAUCAAAUAGUUUAUACUUCUUACACUCCAACGCCCUCAAAGGAACUUGAAAAUUCAGUGUUGGAUUAAUGCUUGUUCUUUGAAUAAGUGAAAAGUAACUUACUGCAUUAUAGAAAAUCCUAUCUGACAGGUAAAAGUUAAUAAACUUAAAGUAUCUCUCAUAUGUAGUCUAGUAGGAGGCCAUGCAGUACCUUAUAAACAAGGCUCUGCACGGCUGUCAGCACUUGUACUGAUGCAUUUUGGAUUCGCUGCAGCUGGUUUAUGAUCUUCUUUGGUAGACCAGUUCGGAGAGCGUAACAGUGGUCUAGCCUGCUGGUUACAAAAGCGUGCAUUAGUCUCUCUGAGUUGCUCAAAGAGAGAAACAGCCUUACCUCAGAAAUAUUCUUUAGAUGGUACAAUGCUGUUUUUGUUUCAGAGCGUACAUGUUUGGUCUAAAAUUAAAAUCUGAAUCAACUAAAACAAUUCAAUUUCUUGCUGUUUAGCCAGGGUUUAGUCCAAACGUAUUAAGUGUAGAUGCCGGUUUCUCCUUUGAACCGAUGAUUGGUAUUUUUGUUUUGUCCUGGUUAAGCUGUAAAAAGUUGUGUGACAUCUGGACUUCAAUAUCUCUAAUACAGUAAAAAGGUGAGUCUACUGUAUUUUAUACUGAUCAUUAUUAUUCUCAAGUUAUUUUUUGGCAAAUUUCCAACUAUUAAUAAAACAUCAUAUUUUAUAAACUCUUUGAGUCUGAAAUUGGAAAAGUAUGUGAAUUCAAAUGAUCAGUGAGAAAGUGAAAUUAAAAAUUAAAAGUAAUGUUUCCAGCUGGCUUUUUCAGUCUCAAACCAAACACGCGUAAUCGUCUGAUUAGUUAAUGCAGGUUUUAGUACAUCAGGGGCGAAUGGUUUGAAUCAUAUGUUGAUAAAAUGCAAACAGAGCAGUGAAGGUGACUUUUUUUUAAGAUCAAGCCUAGAUCUGAUGCCACCCUCUGGCUGAAUUUAGCAUUAAAUUCUCCUUGAACAACAAACAUUUCAGAAAAAUCCCUCACCUCUCUUCUCUCUGUCCAGUUCCUUGUGGACCCGAGGUGACAGCAGGUUUAGACUGUCGGUCAGGAGAGCUCAACCUCAGCUGGGAGUCUUCAAGUAACGCAGAGGGCUACUUGAUAUUCAUCCAAAACAGCGACAAGAACAUGACUUUCGACACAAGAGAGCCUUCACUGACGUUCGACAUGCUGGAGUGUGGAAAGGACUACACCAUAAAAGUGAUGUCCUACAACAGCUCGUGUGUCAGUCAUCCCUCAGUGCUUCAUGUUGGCAAAAGUAAGGGAGCAUUGUGGCAAAUAUUUUCCCAGAAAAUCCUCAUCAGGAAAAUGUAAAUCCGUCUGAUUGAUGACGACUCUAAGCGGUCUACUCUCUUCCUCAGUUCCAUGUGUGCCCACUAAUGUGGUGGCAAGAAGAACUUGUGGCCAGAGCUCUGUGAAAGUGACUUGGCAAGCAAGUCUUGGUGCUGAUUCCUACCAAGCAGCUGCUGUGAGCAGAGAUGGGCAGCGCUUGCUUUGCCCUUCCAACGGGACAUCCUGCAUGCUGGAGGGCCUGAUGUGCGGCAAGGUUUACAGCAUCCAUGUGUCUGCUCUAAACAACCUCUGCGCCAGUAACGAGAGCGCUCCUCAGACUCUACAAACAGGUAAAAACAAUGAGGAGCAAACUAUUUGAGAAGUGCUUUUCUAAGAUAACACGUAUCUGUCCUUCCUCUGCAGCGCCCUGCCCUCCUUCUCAGUUCAAUGCCUCAAUCAACUGUGCCAAUAACUCCGCCAUGUUAACCUGGAACAGCAGCCCAAACGCAGUGUCCUACACUGGGAGGGCAGUGAGCACAGAUGGACACACUGUUAUCUGUGAUGCGCAAAUGAACCUAAGUUGCCAUUUGCAUAAUCUGCAAUGUGGAAAGGAGUACAUUUUUACUGUGUCGGCUUCAGACGGCGACUGUGAGAGUCCUGACAGUGAACCGGUCAUACUAACAACAGGUGGGAGGAAAUAGCAGCUUUCAACUAUUUCUUUUGAGGCUUGCAUGCUCAUUUUGUUUCGCUCUAAAACUUUCUGUCAAAGCGAAUAAAAUCUGUGGCAUUGUUUUGCCGGUGAAGGCUAAGUCUGAUAUAGGAUUUAUAUUCAUCACCAAUGUUUUCUGUGCUUUUGGAAAACUUAAAAGAGACAAGAUACCUCAAAAAAGGGAAAAUACCCCACAACUUGGGCGGGAAUCAUACACUGUUUAGAGCAUGUAAUUGUGUCUCAAACUUGUAGACACCAGAAAGAAAAAAACACUUCUUAAUGGAUUUUCAUGUUAUCAAUACUUUCUUUUAAAACUAAUAGAAAAUAGCUGUUAAGAUUGCUAUUUUCAAGUCUUCUACAGUACAGGAUAAUUUUUGGAUUUUAAUCAUGUUAAAUCAGAGUCCAUUAGAGCUUUUUAUUAGGGGUGUCCUGAUACAGUAUUCAUAUUGGAUUUCGGUCCGAUAUUAGCAAAAAAUCGAAUAUCUGAUCAUAUCAGCCUGCAUCUAAAGUCUCCGAUAUCAGCACUCCGAUACAAGCAGUCUAUUCCAGACUCUGCUCCAGCACCUCUAUCUAGCAGCACCCGGACCCAGGAUGCAGAGCCCAUGUGAUCACAACAACAGUGUGUAAUAAAGCACUAACAAAGUACCAAGAAGUAGAAGUGAUGUUGGUCCACAAGUUUGUGCCAAUAUCAGAUCAAUAUCGGUAUCAGCCAAUAUUGAAGGCUACAAUAACGGUAUUAUAUCGGAGGUAAAAAAGUUGUAUCUGGACACCCCUACUUUAUAUGAGAAUUUAUUCACUAUAUUUGUCUGGUCUUGACCUGCAACCUUACAGUUUUGCUGUUCACUGUGAGUGGGUGAGGUGUAAAUAUACACACGAGCUAUGGGACUCUACCGGCCCUUAGUGGUCAAAAGUCAAUCUUAUUGAAACACUACCACUGACACUAACUCUUCACCUCUUGUUUUAGCUCCAUGUGCCGUCCAGGAUGUGGUCACCACCCUGAACUGUAGCACCAACACACUCACCAUCACCUGGACGCCCGGGUCCAUGCCAGCAAACUACAGCGUCACCGCUCUGGCUGCAGAUGGAACUGUACUGCGGAACAUGACAGAGGGUUCGAUAUGCGUACUGAGUGAUUUAAAGUGUGGACAGCAGUACAAUGUGACAGUCAGAGCCGUGAGCAAGACAUGUGAUGGACAUAGUGUAUCAGAAGUAGUCAAUUCUGGUGAGUAUGACAGUGCACUGUACUGUGUUUAAUGGAGAAUUAAAAAUUUAUAUAUUCCUCAUCGUUUGCCUUCUUUUUUUCCCCCUCUCUUAGUUCCUUGUAUUCCUGAAAGCGUCCGAGGUGAGGUGGAGUGUUCAACUAACACACUACAGGCGUCCUGGGACACAACACCCGGCGCUGCGUCCUACAUCACCACGUUGAAGGGAGCCGGAGGUUUCUCUUCCUCCUGCCCCUCAAAGAAUGAAAGCUGCCUCUUCUCCAGCCUCAAGUGUGCUCAGAUGUACACAUUCACAGUGAUGGCAGUAAAUGACAGGUGUAACAGCUCUGAGAGUAGCACCAUCUCAGCAAUGACAGGUACAGCUUCGGUUAAGUUUCAAAGACAUUUUAACUGUUAGUGUUGGGAUUUGUCUAUGGUAUGGUCCUAAUGUUUCUUUACUCCACCCUUCUACAGCUCCCUGUGACCCUACAAAUGUGUCCGCUACCCUGAACUGCUCCUCCGGUGUCGCGACAGUGACCUGGGGGCGCAGUGCUGGAGCGAUAAACUACACGGUCGUGGCCGAAGCCGACGGGCACAUGGACUCCUGUCAUUCUCCCCACGGUUCCUGUGAGCUGACCCAGCUGCAGUGUGGGGAGGAUUACACAGUGACCGUACUGGCCGGAGAUGGAAAAUGCAACAGCUCCAUACUCGCCAAAACCAACAUAACAACAGGUACGAAAACCUCUGUGGCAUAGAUCGAGAUUGGGGCCUGAAAUCAAUAUCACGAUAUAUUGAGCAGUUCACCUCGAUACCGAUAAAUGGACGAUAACUACUCCACAAGCUGCUCACCCCCUCCCACAUUAACUUUGUCUACUUCAGUCACUACAACUUUUGAACCGUCCUCCAUCUCCUCACUUGUCUUUUUGGUUUAUUGCUGAUUGAUCUCAGGUGCUGCAUUUGUGUAGGGAUGAGACAGGAUUUUAAAAAAUGCUCAAGUUUAGACUAAAAUUUAAGUAGAUAUAUUAGAAAUGAUGGAUCAGACAGAUAAAAUAACUCCAUGCAGAGUUGUAUAAACUGUACAGUGAAGAAACAUUUAUAUGAAUGAAAAGAAUUUCCUGAAACACAAGUUAGUAAUCCAUGAUUCUGUCCUUGCUCAGCCCCCUGCCCUCCAGUGAUCCUGGACUACUCCCUGGAUUGUGUCUCAAACAACGUCUCGGUCACCUGGAUUUCUGACAAAGACGCUAUGAACGUCACCGUCCACGCCAUCUCCAACCUAGGAUACCGGUCAUCCUGCAGCUCCUCCACGACUAACAGCUGUGACAUGGAUGACCUGAUGUGUGGACACACCUACACCAUGCAUGCUGUCGCACAAGGAGUUCAGUGUUUGAGCAAACCCAGCGCUACUUUUGAGGUUGUCACUGGUGAGUUAUUAUUUAGUCUAUUAUUUUACAAUCUGCUGCAGGCUAUCACUGCAGAUUAUUUGAGGGUACUUUGUAAACCUUUUUUCCGCCAUAAGAUUUGAGUAUUUAGGCAUUAAGGUAAGGUAUAUAGGAAGUACUUGAGUUAGUGUCAUCAUAACUGGCUGUAUUCUACUCUCACCCAGCACCCUGCACCCCUAAAAACGUGGAGUACACGUACUCCUGUGAAACUGGCAUCACCCUCCUGAGCUGGGACGAGACUUUGGGAAGAGAGACUUUCUACGCUCGCAUCUACUCCGAAGACUACAUGAUCCCUUGCCCAUCCGGCACCACAUUCUGCCCCCCGAUGUCACUGCCCUGUGGUCGCAUGUUUUAUGUGGAAGUGACAGCAGUGGCGGGCCAUUGUAACAGCAGUGUGCCCGGUGUUACACAAAUAAAGACAGGUAGGAGAGCGAAGAGUGGCUGGAGAGAGCUCCAACCUAGACUUUUGGAGCUGGAUUUACUCAUAACUUAAUUUUGCCGUAACACUAAGACUUUUUUCCGACCAUGAAACAUAAAUACAGUCUUUUUUAUUGAAUUAUAGUCAUUAAUUUUACAUUAUUUAAAGUCGUUGUGCCCUCUAUGACAUUAGUUGGUUUCAAUUGAUUUCUGUUUGGAUAAAACGCAGAAAGAAAAUUGUUUAAAGUUGCAUUUUAUGUUCGUAACUCCAUUGUAGCAAUCGUGAAUAAUCAUUACCAUCAUAGCAUGAUAAAACAUUGAAAUAACACUAGUUACAAGAUAUUUGGUUGGCAAGUUAUCAAAUAGUUACUGUAUGUUAUAAAGAAAUUUGUUGUACAUUUUAAUUCAUCUCCCCAACAUUUAUAAGACUCUCAUUUGAUCCUUCUGUGUCCUUUCACUUUCCCAUCAGCCCCCUGUCCUCCCAUGAACCUCAGCGCCUCCCUUGUGUGUGAAAACAACACCGCACUGGUGAGCUGGGACCAAAGUGCCAGCGCAGUCUCUUACAAAGUGGUGGCUACUGCCAGAGACGGUGACGUGAAAAACUGCAUGACGCCGAACACAAGCUGCUACAUACCCAACAUGCACUGCGCCGAGACCUACGUCAUCAUGGUCACGCCUUACUCCGACAGCUGCGAGGGCUAUCACAGUUACCCUUACAAUUAUAUCGCAGGUGAGGAAGGAGCGAGAAGAUUGGAAACACUUUUACUGUAUUAUUGUAGAGUAAUAAAUUAUCCACUUAAUAACGAAUAACAUCACUCCACCCUUCUCGGCUUCUCCCAGGUCCCUGCCCUCCCACCAACGUCCACGUGUCUCUGCAGUGUGAAGGUAACAUCGGCCAUGUGACCUGGGAUCCCGCCUUGCAAGCAGAUCUCUACGUGGUCACAGCGGUUCCUUCCGCGCCGGAUGAUCACAACCACACUUGCUCCUCCGGUGGAAAAAACUGUUCCCUCACAGACCUCCACUGUGGAGAGACGGCGGUCGUCACGGUGGUCACCACUGAGAGAGGCUGCACGAGUGAACCCAGUCUGCCUUUUACUUUCCAGUCAGGUAGGAGAGUGUUGAGGAAUAGUUACAUAUUUGACACUCGAAUUAGGGAUGCACCGAUCAGAUAUUUGAAUCAGACAUCAGCUCCAAUAUUGACAAAUUAACUUGAUCGGAUGUCUGAUGAAGGACGCCGAUCCAGCAUUCCGAUCAAGUCUACUUUUCUUUUAAUUCAUAUCACACACAGCAAAACAGUGAUUCUGUUCGCUCUAUAUUCUAUGUCUGUCAUCCUUUUGCGCUAAAUGUUUACAUGGAAGUCUUACCGUAUUUUUUGCACUAUAAGGCGCACUUAAAAUCCUUUUGGCUUGUCGGAACGCUGCAGCUACUGUAGCCUCGAAGAGUUAUUGACUGUUUUGUUCGGCUUGAUGCGCCUUAUAAUCCGGUGUGCCUUAUGUAUGAAAAUAGGCGUGAUAGACGCGUUCAUUGAUGGUACGCGUUAUAAUCAGGUGCACCUUAUAGUGUGAAAAAUACGGUACUUCUAUUUGCUGUGUGCUAAUCUGCAAUUUUUUUUUUUUUUUUUUAUAAAUAAUUUUAAGUUAAUUUAUCUGUUAAUUUGCUACCUUUUUUUAACAAGGCUAAUGUCAAGCCUGAUGCCUUCACUCACAUGGCAAGGUAUACAGUUCAUUCAUUCAACAGUAGGGUUGGAUCGAUAUUGGAUAUUGUCCGAUACGCUCAGCUCAGGUAUCGGUAUCGGAUGGGAUCAGAAAAAAUAGAUCAAAUGGAUCGGUGCAUCUCUAACUCAAAUACCACACACUUGAAGAAACAGCUGUUCACAUAGAUAGUAAAAACGAGCUGUCUUCAUGAGCUACAAGGACAACGGGUGUUCAAAAAUGGCAGAGAUGUAACGCUUCUUUUCAUUUUCUUCUCAGUAAUCUGCCCCCCAACCAGAGUGACUGGAGUGACAAACUGCAGUAACAAUGACAUCACUGUGAGCUGGGACCCGAGUCCAGAAAGCGGUGUUGAGUACUUCAUACGCUCACAGAGAGAAGGGUGGACCGCAGCAAACUUCUCCACGAGCAGCACGUCACAUGUGGUCACCGGGCUGCAGUGCGGCGAGUUGUAUACGCUGUCAGUUGCUGUCACUGACUCUGAAUGCACCAGUAACUUCAGCGUGCCCAUCGAGACGGAAACAGGUACAAAUCACACAACAAUAAUAAAAAGACUUGGUUGACGUCUCAAAAGAGCCUGUUUUUUUUUUUCUUAGCAAGAGGCCAAAAUCUGAAAUAUGACUGACACGUUGAUUUAUUCCUGAAUCUUCGACCUUCCAGCUCCGUGUCCUCCGACCAACCUGACUGCCAGAGCUGAAUGUGGCACCAACUUGGGCAAUCUGACCUGGGCUCCUGUUACCCACGCUAUCUCCUACACAGCCACACUAACUGGUGACCACGGCCAUGUGGUGUUCUGUCCUUCUAACACAACCACCUGUGCUGAGAAGCUGGACUGUGGACACCGUUACACAGCAUCUAUGAUCGCUUCCAGUGCGACGUGCAACAGUAGCAGAGGGGAAUCUUUGAGUUUUGACUCUGGUAAAUCAGUUAAGCCUCAUUUUUAAUGCGUUUUCUUUAUUUGAUGCCACAAAACUAAUAAAACUCUCCUCUCCACCUCCCGCCACAGCUCCUUGUCUGCCUGAUGACGUGGUCGCAGAGCUGGACUGUGUAGCGAACACCUUUGCGGUGCAGUGGAGAGCGAGCGUCGUCGACUCUGGCACUUACACGGCGCUCGCCAUCGGCAGCGACGAAAGCCGUUUGUCUUGUGAUGCUCCUACAACCAACUGCACCAUCCAGGAACUGAAAUGUGGUCUCAACUACAGCAUUGUUGUUACCACAUCGUCGGUGGACUGUGGCAUCAUCGAGGGCUCGGACUAUACGAUGAUGUCAGGUAGCUUGAGUUCAGAUAAUUCUUUGAUUUGGAAUGAUUGAAGAUAAACAUAUCUUCAUAAUUCAUUAACUGAGGAUAAGAUACGCUUCAUUUUUGUGAGUGUCUAAGUAAGCUUGUUACUCUGAUGUGUUUGUACAAAAUCACAUCAAAAUCCAACAACAUGACAUGAAAACUAAAAGUUCUCACACCUCACAUCUCUCUGAUAUCUGUUCUCUUAUUUUUCACAGCUCCUUGCAAACCAGUUGGUGUGUCGGUGAAUCUACAAUGCAGCACGAACAUGGCAUUUGUAACCUGGAGUAACUCGGGGCCAGACCAGACUCAGUUGGUGUCGGCGGUCGAUAGCAGAGGAAGGGUUACUGUCUGCAACUCCACCAGCUCCAACUGCACCUUCGAAAAACUGAAAUGUGGAGAAACUUACACCGUCGGUGUGGUCGGCCUCACGGACACGUGCAGCAGUGAAAUAACUUUUGCAGAGGCUCAAGUAAAAACAGGUAAAAAUAAUAGAGAUCAGAAAAUAUAGAUGCUGUAGAGGUAGUAGAAAUGUUGAACUUAUUUUUUUGUUUUGCCCUGACUGACACAACUUUGCAAACAUACCAAACAAACCUCUGCAUGCAUUAACUUUGAGUUUUUACUGUGUUUUGACCUCAUAUUUCUGCAGGAGUGGUUUGCAAAGUGACAAUAAAAAUAUACCUGAUAAGUAGCAGGAAUAAAGAAAUGCAAAAAUGUUCAGUAAAAUAAGCACAAGUGUGUCAAAUAUGAUAUCUGUGACAGGUGUGAUAUCUAUGUCAUGUGUGGUGGCUCACUGUCAUGACUUUUAGACCCACUUGAUCAAAGUUAAAAUAAAAUGAGCACCCACUUGGUUAUUAUAAUAAAAUUGACUUGACUACUGAAGUAAAGUUCAAGUGUUAUAAUGGUGGCUGUGAAAUAAAAUCACCCUUCCCCUUCCUCUCCCGCAGCUCCAUGUGUUCCCAAGCACCCCACUGCACGAGUGGACUGCGUCACAGGUAUCACCUCAGUUACCUGGGACACGGCACCCGGAGCCACAAAUUAUGCUGUAUAUGCUCAGGGCGAUCUGGGCCACUACGAUGAGUGUAACAACACAGACACCAAUUGUUAUUUCCGCCGCCUGCCGUGUGGGCAGAACUACUCCAUUACAGUGGUGGCUCGCCAUGAAUCCUGCAUCAGUUUGGUCAGCGAGACUAUCUAUGUCAUGACAGGUAAUGAAACCGAAGGAACGAGCUGCAUCUUUAAAGGGUAGUCAGUCGUUUUUGUACGUUCAUACUUAUGUGAUUCCCCCUUCCCUGCUUCUCCUCCUAUCCAGGCCCUUGUCCCCACAGUGGUCUGCAAACUUACCUGGACUGUGACACCAACACCGCUGUAGUGUCCUGGACCCCAGGCAGCGGCAUCCUCUACUACAACGCCUCUGCAGAUGCCUUUGACAUCGUGGACUUGAAGGGUUGCUCCUCGAAUGGCUCCUCCUGCAACAUCAGCUCCCUGCGCUGUGGGGAGAGCUACAGGGUGAGCGUCAGCGGACAGGGGGAGAACUGCCCCAGUCCAGCCAGGGACUGGUACAGAGUCAACACAGGUAACUUAAGUAAAACCUGCUCUGUUUACAUGUCUGCUUCUGUGAUGGUUUUACAGACUUCUUCUGUUUCCUUUAUUAAAAUAUCAACUCCUCAAUGUCACUCCUCCAGCUCCCUGCCCUCCGACCCAGCUCACGGUGGACUCCUCCUGUCACUCCAAUGAUAUCGUGGUGUCAUGGCAGGCCUCGAAGGGCUCGUUCUCCUACAUGGCGGUGGCUGAGAAUAAAGAGGGCCGGCAGUGGGCCUGUACGAACUCCACCACCACCUGUAAGAUAUUCAACCUGCCCUGUGGACAGCGGUUUGAGGUCCAUGCUGUAGGUGUUGAUAACGAGUGCACUGGAGCCAAGAGCAACAUGGAAGUGAUUCAUACAGGUCAGACUUUUUUGAGCACUCGUUCAGCAUGCUACUUACAUGUUCAAACCACCAUGUUGGACUCAAAUGUCCCCGUUUGUGCGUCCAAAUGUUGGUCUUACUUUUUCUAACUCGUCUUUUGCUCUCCCCUCCAGCUCCAUGUGAGCCUCAGAACAUACAGAGCGACCUCGAUUGCCUGUCUGGGGUCCUGAACGUUACCUGGGAGUCGACGGGUCACUUUGUUCAGCUCUGCGCCUCUGUAGUGAGCAGCAGUGGCGACGCUAGCAUCUGGAAGACCGCUGAUCAUCACCGCGUCAUCCCAGGCAUGCAGUGUGGUCAGACUUACAAUGUCACAGUGUGGGCUGAAGAUGAGGCCUGCAACAGCUCUUACAGUCCCACAAAGCAGGUCGUUACAGGUAGGCAAACAAAUAUAAUUAUUCAUUUUUUAUCAUAAUUAUUCAUUUUUGAAACUUUGUUAAUUUCUGUCUCUGUUUCUUUCAGCUCCCUGUCCUCUCAGCACCUUCCUCCCAGAAGUGGACUGUGCUUCGGGUAACGUGUCUGUGAGUUGGAGCAACAGCUCACCCGGGGUCAUGUACACAGUGUUCGCGGUCGACAGCACUGGUCGCCAACACAACUGCAGCAGCAAAGGCACUGGCUGCGGUUUCAGUAGGUUGAAGUGUGGAAUGAAGUACAGCAUCACCAUCACACCAUCCAGGGACGGAUGUGUGGGAAGAGACAGUCCCACACAGACGAUCAUGACAGGUGAGGACAGAUAAUGGCGUGUGAAUAUGUUGUUUAUAUGUUGUUUUUCGUUCUCGUCUUCUUCAGUAUUUUGUUUAUUUGAUUGUAUUUUAUCGGACUGCUAUGACGGGAUAAAUAAACUCAUCUAUCUGUCUAUCUAUCUAUCGUUCUAUCUAUCUAUCCAUCAUUCUAUCGUCCUAUCUAUUGUUCUAUCAAACUAUCGUCCUAUAUAUCGUCCUAUCUGUCGUUCUAUGUAUUGUUCUAUCCUCCAUUCUAUCUAUGGUUCUAUUUAUCCUUCUGUCGUUCUAUCAUUCUAUCUAUCGUUCUAUCUAUAUGAUGUUCUAUCAUUCUAUCUAUUUAUCUUUCUGUCUAUCUAUCUGUUCUUUUAUCUAUCUAUCUAUCUAUCUAUCUAUCUAUCUAUCUAUCUAUCUAUCUAUCUAUCGUUCUACCUAUCAUUGUAUCUAUCAUUGUAUCUAUCGUUCUAUCUAUCUAUCGUUGUUCUAUCGUUCUACCUAUCGUUCUGUCGUCCUUUUUUUAUCCUAUCUAUCUAUCUAUCUAUCUUUCUAGCUAUCUAUCUAGCUAUUUAUCGUUCUAUCCAUUGUUUCAUCUAUCUAUCUGUCUGUCUACCUGCCUACCCUGGUAGCAGACAGUUACCUAAAUGUCUGGAUAUGGAUUAAGUCUUCCUGCGUACGAACUUUCUUACCUCUCGUCUUUGUUUCCAGUUCCCUGUGUUCCCCAACUCUCUGACUCAGAGAUGGACUGUCUGACAAACUCAGCCUGGCUGAUGUAUGAGGAGUCAGAAGGGGCGGAGGACUAUGUCGUCACGGCGACCGACAGCCAGGGCAAUGUCCAGACAUAUGAGUUUAACUCCACCUCAGAUAGGACGUUAGCGUUGCCACCGCUGAUGUGCAGCAAAAACAUCACCUUCACCCUCCAGGCCCGUGACCAGCAGUGCAGCAGUGCUCCCAGCAACGCCAUCACGACUGAGACAGGUGCAUGAAAACACAACAAACCCCAUAUUUACUCACUUAGACAUGGCGAGAGUUAAGAUAGGCCAUGACUUUGCUGAUUUUAUUAAAAUAAGAUUCUUUAUCUCCACAGCUCCCUGUCCUCCUGAGAACGUGAAUAUGUCCGUGGGCUGCGCGAAUCACUCUGUUACUGCCGCCUGGUCAGCUGUCCCUGGUGCGCUCUCGUACACGGCAACACUGGAGCAGAUAAACGGAGGCUCCGCCUGCUGCACCUCACCGGCACCGGGCAGCAGCUGUGACGUCACUCAUCUGCCGUGUGGAGAAAUGUACAUUUUGCUUGUUGUGGCCGAGGGACGAACCUGCAACAGCUCCCAGAGUGAAGGGGAGAUUGUUAGGACGGGUAUUGAAGAUACUUUAUACUCAAUAAAGUGGGAGGAUAAAUGAAACUCAGUCAAAUACAGCAGAGUAAAAUUUCUGUAUCUAUCUUUUCUCAUCAGUGCCCUGUGUCCCCGAGAACCUCAAAGCCAACCUGAGCUGCAAGCACAACGUGGCCUCGAUGUCGUGGAACCACAGCAGAGGAGCUCAGUUUUACACUGUGAAGGCUGUGGGUGAGGAUGGACAUGAGGUGAAUUGCAGCGACCACGAGAACAUGUGUGACCUAAAGGGUCUCCACUGUGGACAGUAUUACACAGCAACCGUGACCGCAGAGGACAUCCACUGCCAGAGCAAAACGAGCGAGAGCGUGGAAAUCAAGACAGGUUUGUUUGAGUUCACCUUAUAGGUCGUGUGUGUCAGGAAAAUACUAGGGCUGGGCAAUAUGGCCUCAAAUCAAUAUCAUGAUAUAUUGAGCAGUUCACCUUGAUAACGAUAAAUGGACAAUAGCUACUCCACAAGCUGUUCACCCCCUCCCACAUUAACUUCGUCUACUUCAGCCGCUACAACUUUUAAACCGUCCUCCAUCUCCUCACCUGUCUUUCCCUCUUUGUUACGGACUGGAUGGGGCGGAGUCACGUCUCUGACGUAGGACAGCGUCUUAAAGGGACAUGAGACCAUAUCUUACCUACACACAUCCAAAACCAACUUUUAUUAAUUUAUUUUUUGACAAGGAAUAUAUUGACAUGGGCAAAAUUACCUCGGUUAUUGUGUAUAAUUUCGCUAUCGGUAAAUUUUUGGUUUCGCCAAGCCUUAUGAAAUACUGUAUUUAUAUAGAAAAGACAAUGAACAAGCCAUUGAUGAGUGCACAUUUAUGCACAGGAAACAUCUGUGAGGUAAAGAGAGUAUGUUAAAUUUAGUUCAACUCAAGUUAAGUGAAGCUGGGAGAUAAUUUUUGGGGUUGAUUUAUUUCCUGAAAAUCGCAUUUUUUUAAUGCUGCAUAAGGAAUGAUCUCACUGCAAAAACAUGUUUUAAUCCAUCAGACCAGUUUAGUUGAAAAUCUAUUAAACAGAAACUGUUGAAGAAAAACUUUCAUGUCUGUUUUGUAUCUCCCUCACAGCGCCGUGCACUCCUGCAUACAUCACCUCUGAGAUGGACUGCGAGGACAACACUCUGGUUGUUUCCUGGGUUGACAGCCCAGGAGCAGACUCCUACAUCGCCACGAUGCGGGACAGUAACGGUCAGGCCACAUCCUGCCUGGGUACGACUGAGGGAUCCUGUAAUGUGACAGGAGUCGGCUGUGGUCAGGUCUACCACGUCUCUGUGGUUUCUUCUGAUGGAUGCUGCGACAGCCCGCCCACCCCUGAGGUUGAAACGCCUUCAGGUGGGACAGAAGUUAGAUAAUUGUGCUUUUUUAUAAUCCAGCUGUAAGAAGUUCUCGUGAAACAACUUAUUUUUGUUUAUAGUUUUACAUUUAAGACCUUUAAAUGUGAAGGAUAAUAACAGGACUAACUGUCUUGCCUGUCUUCUCAGUUCCCUGUAAGGCGAGUAACAUCGAGGCAACCAUGGACUGCUACAAGCAGACGGCGAUGGUCAGUUGGUACCCGAGUGACGGCGCCUGGACCUACGAGGUCACAGCUAUCACGGCGUCAGGACACAACGUCAGCUGGGAAGGAAACUCCACCUUCGUUGACCUGGGGGGGCUGCUUUGUGGAGAGGGCUACACUCUGUGCGUCAAGGCUGUUGGGGAGACCUGCAGCAGCGAUGCCUACAUGGCAGGAGAGCUGAUCACUGGUGAGCACACAGACGAUGAUACUUAAAAAAAUCAUUUAAAGGAAAUUGCCUGGCUCAUUUUUAUUAAUAACUAAAUUAUCAAUCCAUCGAUGCUUGACUCCGUCUCGCCAAUCAGAGCCGUGCAUCCCUGAGAGAAUCAACACUCUGUACAGCACCACAGUCGGACAGGUGCUGUGGGACGCGGCUGCUGGUGCAGAUGACUACACAGUCAAAGGUGUGACGGAUCGGGGCUUGAUGGUCUCCUGCAUGGCCAACGACACCUACUGCGCUCUGUAUGACAUGACCUGUGGACAGACGUACAACAUCAGCGUCACGGCGAACAAUCACGUCUGCAGCGGCUUGUCGACAUCAACCGAAGACGUCGUCAUUAUGACAGGUGAGUAAAAUCGACCAAUCCUUUAUUUUUUAACAUGCAUGACAGACAAAGUUAUCUGCAGGAAACUAACAGUAAACUUUUAUACCUGAAGAUCAUCGAUUUAGACGACCUACAGUGAGAGGAUCAGUAACAAAAGCAGCGAUUGGUCACAGAUAUAGAGCCUCUUAUGAUGUAUUCCGUUAUAGAUAUCAGGUUCAAAAGUGGUGAAAAACAAAGAUGAAGGAGUUAUACAACAUGUAUUAAAAUCAUUUUUCACGCCCCCCAGAGCCUUGCCCGCCAACUAAUGUGCAGACCAGUGUGCGGUGUCAAACAGACAUGGGGGCGGUGUCGUGGGAGGCCAGCGAUAGUGCGAUCGCCUACGAGGCUCUUCUCUCUGGGCGCGACAGCCACGAAAUGUCCUGCUACUCUAAUGACACUUACUGUGAAGUAGACGGCCUCCACUGUGGAGUCGUCUACUACACCAGUGUCAUCGCCAUCGGAGAGACGCUCAACAGCAGCAGCUCCACCCCCGUCCUGCUGGUCGCUGGUAAGAUGAAUUGAUGUCCGUCCAACAUGCACUUGAACAGAUAAGUUAUUCAACCUUUUAGCCCCCUUUGGAGCUUACUUCAAAGCCAUUGAACCAUUUCCUCAUCAGUAUCUCGUAUGUCUUUGCUCCCUUCUGUCCUCAGCUCCCUGUACCCCUGAAAUUGUGACUGCAUCUUUGGAUUGCUAUAACAACACAGCCAGAGUCUCCUGGAGCGAGACAGCUGGAGCAGACUCGUACGCUGUGACUGCCAUGGCAAUGGACGGCACCUCAGAUUCAUGUGAGACAGACGGGCUCUGGUGUAAUUUGACAAAGCUGGUGUGCGGUCAGACAUAUAACAUCAGCCUCAUAUCUAUCGGCGAGGACUGUCGGACUGAGAAAAAAACUGAGGUUACCUUCAGCACACGUGAGUUGAACAACAUCUCCUCCCUUCUUAAGAUGAAGUAUCUCCUCGAGUGUGCGUGACGCAUGGCUCAUCUAAUCCUGUCACUCAGGGCCGUGUAAACCUGAACGUGUCGGAGUUGACCUGGUGUGUGGGACGAGUACAGCUGACUUGCACUGGGAGGAGAGUGACGGAGUGGAGCUCUACAUGGCGACCGCCUACAGCAGCACGGGAAUUAUGAAGCAGUGCAACUCCACCAACUCCACCUGUUACUUCUCCGAACUGCAGUGUGGGGAAACUUAUGAAUUUACAGUAGCCGCUUAUGUUGACAUGUGCUGCAGUGAGAUCAGCAGUGCUGUGGAGAUUAAGACAGGUACGGCUAAUUAUCACAGCCGUUCUACUUUAUAACUUUCUUAUGCGUGUGAAGGGGUCACAUGUCUCAUUGGUGAUAUUGUCUGACACUUUUUCCUUUCUGUCCCCUCUCCAGAACCCUGCCAGCCUUCUGGUCUGACUCUCUCUGGGUCCUGUUAUAAUGAGACAGUCGUGUUGGAUUGGUUUGAGGCUGAUGGGGCGUCAGCCUAUAGGGUGAUGGUCACAGGAGAUCUGGGGUAUGUCACAGCUUUCCAGACUGAGGAGACAAUACUAGAGGCAGAUCUGCCCUGCGGACAGCUUUACACCUUCACUGUACAAGCCCAGGAUGGACGGUGUGAAAGCCCUCAGAGCCGGCCUGCAGAUUUCAAGACAGGUAACCAUGCCGCUCAAUCGCCAUGUUGACAUGUCGAUGCUAAAUUUCUUGAUUUGAUUAAAAAUUUGAGGGAUUGGAAAAUCUGUAUCCACUGCUUAUUUGGGCGCAAUAUCAAAUAAUCAAAUGACGUGUGUAUACAUGCACCAAGUUUUAUUCAGAUUAGAAGCUUUUGGACAUGUGCAGAGUUGUCUGAUUUUGCUGAAAACAGCUGCAGAAGAAGAGUUGCAUUGACGCCUGUGCUGUCAACAAACCAACAAAUGUGGUAGUGGCUCACUCCAUCCAAUUGAGGAGUUUUGACGUGACAUCAUGUGUGUCAGAUGUUACAUCAUUUCGCUGUAUGUACACUUUGUUAUGUUAUUGGAGGAGCAGACACGGCACCUGCGAUUGUGUUUUGUGUCAGAGUGUUAAUAAUGAAACCUCCUUUAUAAGCCUCAAUAAAUAAACCAAAGGCUAAAGAGUGAAGAUCAAGUCAGGUUAGAGAGUCACGAUCGGAAUAAGUGUUUACAUGGACGCGUUUUGGAAUAACGAUCGGCAUAAACCAGCCCUCUUGAUCGGAAUACAAUUUUUGUCUGAUUGAGCCGAAUUGGACUGGAAUCUUGCGAUCGACAUGUUUACAUGUAGCUUUUUAUUCCGAUCUGGCCUUUAUUCUGAUUAUUUGUGCUCACCCAUCCAACAAAAAGUGGUUGAAAAGACGUCUUCGCCAUACGUCAAAACAACGUCUAGAUUUGGACCAUCUUAAUAAAGCCCAGUUUUAACGUCUUUUUUUGGGCUAAAUUACGACCAUGACAUGCCGACAUGAUUUAGCCUGAAAAAAGAUGUCUAAAUGAUGUUUGGUGUUUGGUGGGCAUGUAAACACAGUGAUUGUACCUCGCUAUGUACACGAUAAAUCACUUCCACUAUGAUGCAACAAUGUUCCUUGUCCUCAGGGCCCUGCAUACCUAAGCAUGUCGAGAGCUUCACACCCUGUGAGAACAACACAGGCUCUGUCAGCUGGGGUAAGAGCGACGGGGCCGAGUUCUACAUGGCCAUCGCAGUGGGUCAAGAUGGCCACACCCACAUGUGCACCUCAAACACGACCAUCUGCUCCUGGGACGACCUGCACUGCGGCGAGCAGUAUACAGUUCAUGUCGUUGCCAAUGACGACCUCUGCAGCAGCAUGCCAAGCAACAGCACCUCCAUACACAUGGGUAAAUGAGCUUUGAGCAGUGAAGUGUGAUACAUCAAACAAUAUUUUUAAAUCUGAAAGAGUCAAGAAGAAACACUAAACAACAAAUUUAAGGUAAACUCAGGAAAGUUUUCAAGAACGAAAAUAAAUCAUAAACUGGAAAUUAGACUUGACUCUUGCUCUUCGUUUUGCUCUCUCUUGUAUGAACAAAUGGAGAUACAAAACAAGGAUGUUCUGGAAAUAAAACAAGUUUUUCCACUUUUACUCUGACAAUUUUAUAAACACCAUUUAACACAAAGGAAGAAAAAGAAAAAGAGACUAUUUUGAGCUCUUGUCUUACAUAUUGUCUUCUUUUGCAGCUCCUUGUAUCCCUCAGAACGUGGAUUCAUCUUUGAAUUGCACUUAUAAGGUAAAUAUUUACUGCUUUUUUUAAACAUUUAAACAGACCAUUACUCCCAAAGUUCAACUGUAAAUCUUAAACUUAUUAGGUUAAUUGAAUUUUACACUGAAUAUUCUUCCUAUCUCUUUUUAAAAGUUUGGAUCUGUGUCCUGGGACCCCAGUGAAACCGCUGAGUAUUACGUUGUGACGGCAGAGACCAACGGCGGCCACAGAGUGCAGCUCAGCACAAACGACACCUGGACCUUCAUUUCUGAGUUUCAGUGUGGACAGAAGUACUUCCUGUCUGUUCAGGCAGCAGACUCCGAGUGCACCAGUCUUCCCAGUCAGCCUUCAGUGCUCCAGUCAGGUACCCCUCCUAUCCCUCACUCUCUAAAAUACUGAAGUAUCUCAGAGUGUUUUCCAACUGAGCACUCUUUAAGGGUCAGGUUCAACAAACAGAAAGUUUCCGGCUAGGUCUGACUUUUGCUUUGAAAUUAUUUAGUCAUCCAUUUAUUAAUUUCAGAAAUAUGAUGUUUACGUGGACUUACGUGGUCAAAUAAAUCUGUCUUUAAUUUUCAAAUUUUUAAAAAGUUAGAUGAACAAAUUUAGUUAAAUAAGGAAAGAGAACCUUUUUUUUUUCUUCUUUGGUCGGUCUCAUGAUGGUUUUUCUCUGAUAUAUGGUCUUGGUCUUGUUCUGGUCUCACCCUGCCCUGAUCUUCAUCCUGACUUGCUCUCAAUUCACGUCUUGGUCUUGGUUCGUGUGGUUUGGCCACAACAUUAGUGUUUGGGAUGUUGCAGUUUCUGUAAAUGCUGGAUGAGAUACCUUAACAGGCUUUUUAAAAAACCUGUCCCCCCUAAGUCUAGUCUGUUCCUCUCCCAUUCAGUGCCCUGCCCCCCCACUGAUGUCUCCAGCUCCAUGAACUGCCUCUCUAAUAUUGCCGUGGUCUCAUGGACCGGCUCUGCUGGAGCAGUUUUCUACACUGCCACAGUCACGCAGGGAGACGGUUAUAAUAUGAGCUGCUGGACUGACACCGAGGAGUGCGGCAUGCAGAACCUCAACUGUGGACAGGAUUACACCGUUGAGGUUAUUGCCUCGAACAACGAGUGUGACUCGGACCCAGCUGAGGGCGAUUCAUUGGAGUCAGGUCAGUCAGAGAUGAAAAUCUAGAUAUUCGUCUGUACUUGACCCUGAUGUCUGGAUUCUUCCUACAUUUAUUGCUCACUACUGUCAAUGUCUUGAAUCAGGAACCUCUAAAAGUCCUGUUCAUAUAAUCUCAGCCUUCUUCUCAUGGUUCAGCGUUGAGUAAUCUCCCUCUCAUGUCUUCCCCAGGGCCCUGUGUCCCUACUGAUGUGGAAAUAAAGGUGAACUGCUCUGCAAAUGAGGCUGAGGUGUCCUGGAGCGCCAGUGAGGGCGCUGUGUCCUAUAGAGUGUCAGCUAAGAGCAGACAGGGAGACGUGUCGAUCUGCGAGAGCCCAACCCCUAUAGGUAUUUUGACCAACCUGACCUGUGGCCAGACCUACUCUGUCCAGGUGGUGGCUGAGGAUGAGAUUUGCUCCAGUCUGCCCAGCCAAGCUCUAGAGUUUGAAUCAGGUAAGAAGAACUCAAAAUCCUUUUAGAUAUGAAUACAUCUCCUCAUAUGAUGCUGUUGUCACCUCGUUUCUUCCUCCCUUCACUCAGUUCCCUGCACACCUACAAAUGCCUCCAUUGUUCUGGACUGCUACACAAACUCCGCCCUCUUGGACUGGGCUUACGCUGAGGGUGCUGUGAACUACACGGCAACAGCCCGCUCCUCUAGCGGGAAUGUUUCCAUCUGCAGCAGCAAUUAUACGAACUGUGAGCUCCUGAAGCUGCAGUGUGGCGAGACGUAUGAAGUGACUACUGUGGCUUCAAACGGGAUGUGCAGCAGCCCUCCAAGCUCCACUUUGCAGGUGAAGUCAGGUGAGUCCUCAAAAAACCUUCUUUUUAAUUCAAAAGGGCAAUUUUGUAGAAAGUUUCUCAUUUUUUGUCAAUAAACCAUCUUCUCCUGUUUCCUCCUCUAGUGCCCUGCCCUCCCGAAGAUGUCACUUAUAUAAUGGACUGCUCCACAAACACAGCCUGGGUGGGGUGGGAGCCCAGUAUCGGAGCUGACUCCUACAUCGUUCAGGCCUUAGGCUUGGAAGAACAUGAAACUGGCUGUGAGGCUGAAUCAUCAGAGUCCUGCAUCCUUACAGACCUUUUGUGCGGCUUCACCUACAACAUCAGCGUGAUAGCAGUAAACAGCAUUUGCAAUGUCACACAGAGUGAGGUGACACAGCUGCAUGCAGGUAAGGACCACCAGGGGGACCCAACAUGUUGAAGCUCGAAAGUAAAUGACUUAUUUUGCUGUAUCAGAGAAGAAUAGUGUGUAAGUACUGACUGUGUGUGCAUGUCAUUGGAGGAAAAACAUUUGAAUUUAACCAAGACGGGAAAAAAGAGGCAAGGCAAGUUUAUCUGUAUAGCACCAUUCAUACACAAGGCAAUUCAAAGUGCUUUACAGAUGCAAGGAAAUACAUAAAAGAUUAAACAAACGAGAGAUUAAAAAAAUUUAGAAUCAAAAAGACAAAACAAUUUUUUAAAAUUAUUUUUUGGACAAUUUUUGCCUUUUAUUGAUGGGACAGGGUGAAAUGUGGGGAGGGACCAUGGUCUCCAUAUAUGGGGCCCACUUACCCGCUUGGCCAUCUGUGUGCCCCAAAAUACAAAACCAUUUAAAAUAAAAAAGACAUAAAAUGAUUUAAAAUCAAUAAGACAAACAGAAAAAAUAUUCAUCUGUUCCAUGUUUGCCCUGGACACCAUGAAAACAUCGUUUUUCAGAAAAACAAAAGUACCCCCAUAUUUAUCUCUCAUGAGACUGAAAGUUGGAGAGUUAUGGUUUUCCGGACUCUUCUUGAUCCCACUUUUGUCUUUGCGCCUGGGUCUUUUUUUUUUUCUUUUUUCUCUCUUCUCUGGAUGUCUCCGGCAAUUUCAGCCUUGCACUGGUUUUACUGAAUGUCUCAGUCAGGGACUUUAACCCUUUUGGACACUUGUGGGAACUUGAACCCUCUUGAUGGAACUGUAAGAAUUAAAAGGAGGAGUUGUUUUUAUCCUAACAGAGCUGGUAAUACCUAUGUUUACAAAUGAUGGCUGCAUGAUCCUUAUGUCUUGUGCAAGAUCUAAAUGUCUCCUUCUCUGUCCUCGCAGUUCCCUGUGUACCACAGCAGGUGGAGUCCCGGGUGGUUUGUGAAUCUGGUGCUGUGGCAGUCUCUUGGGAGCCUAGCAAAGGGGCAACAUCAUACACCACAGUCGCACUAGGCAAUGGUGGCUACACAUCCUCCUACAACACCACCGGUACAACCUAUCUUUUCACUGACUUGCUCUGCGGCCACAACUACACCAUCACUGUCAGUGCUUCUGAUGAGGCGUGCAGCAGCGCUGAGAGCUACCCUGAGGAGAUCAACACAGGUGAAACAGCAACUUUCAGUGCACCUAUGAGGCAAAGUGUGUGUCGUUUUAACGCACUGGAAACACCUGACCUUAUUUCAUCUCUUUGUAGCGCCGUGUGUCCCACAGAGAGUGACGGCAGAGAUGAUGUGUAGCGCUGACACAGGUGUAGUGACGUGGGAAGAAGACGAGGUCGUGUCAUCCUACACGGUGCGAGCUUACGGUCCCGAUGGUCACAGGACGAAGUGUAACGGCACUGGGACCUACUGCCAGCUGCUCAACAUGCACUGUGGUCAGCUCUACAACCUGACGGUGACGGCUGAGGACGGAGUGUGUGACAACAGUAACGCCUACCUCAGCCUGCAGUCAGGUCAGUGUAAAAUAGUCAUGUGUGAACUGAAUUAGAUUAGUUGAAUAGCUAAUCUAAUUGUGUGAAAAGUACUAGGGGUGUCCCGAUACGAUAUUGAUAUCGUUUAUCAGUCUGAUAUCAGCUGUAGCUCUUAUGAAAUAUAUACUAUAUUUAUGUUAUGAUAUAUUAGAUAAUGCUAUAUUAAUUUUGAAUUUAAUUUAUAAAUGAUUAUACAUAUAACAAAAGGUUAGAUUUGGGCGAGUGGUUUGUCUCUGGAGCUGGGUGAAAAGUAAUAAACACAAACGAAAAAUGUAAUUUAUACAAACUCUAUUAAUAAACUCAAAAUACUUGAUAGAACACCAAGAAAAGACAUUCAAAAUAAAACAAAAUUAUAAACUAUAAAUAAAAUAUAUCCAUCAGAUUUUAAUUUAAAUGCACUGAAAUAUCAAAAAGUUCCUUUUAAAUUAUACCGGUAAUCUUUUUUCAGUCAAACAAAAUUCACAUUUAACUAAAAACAGUUCAAUUCAAGGCAUAUAAAUGGUAAAAAAAAAAACAAGGGUCCAUAAACUUCCCUUUUGAAGCUUUCAAUAAAAUAACAUCUCAACUCAAAUAUCUAUAUUAUAUUUCCAAAAGGCCUAAAACAUCCAUAAAUAAAAGUGAUUAAUUCAAAGUUAAGACUAUGGUUUGGAUGAUAGGGAGCAGGAACAUGAGGAUUGAGGAUAAGGAUAUAAGGAUUCUGUAAUCUGCGUUACACAGCACUCCGAUACAAGCAGUCCAUUCCAGACUCUUCUAUCUAGCAGCACCCAGAUCCAGCAAGCUGAGCCCACAAAAUCACAACAACAGUGUGUACUAAGGUACUAACAAAGUAGCAAAGGGUAAGAGUGUGGCAGUAUUUUUUGUUUAAGUCCAAAAAAGACAUAGCAGCUGAGUGAAAAACUUGUCAUGAACAAGUUUGUGCCAAUAUAAGAUCAAUAUUGGUAUCUGACAACAUUGAAGGUUACAAUAUCUGUAUUGGAAGUCAAAAAGUUGUAUCGGGACACCCCUGAAAAAACUCCAGUGAUCCAUACUGUAGAUAUGCUGCAUAUGUAACAGAGAGUCUGUCCUCUGUCUGUCUUCAGUUCCUUGCAAGCCGACCAAUGUCAAAGCGGCUCUCCUGUGCCAUUCAAACUCCGCCGCGGUGACGUGGGAACGAGCCAGCGGAGCGCUCUCAUAUCUCGCAGUUGGCGUCACAGCAGAUGGAAGCCACCAGACUGAAUGUAACCACACAGAGACCCACUGUGACAUGACUGACCUGCAGUGUGGACAGACCUACAAUGUAACCGUGUUUGCCGAGGACCAGUACUGUUCCAGUAUGGAGAGUGAAGUUUCCUACAUGCAAACAGGUGUUGGAAACAUCCACGACUAUAUAUGACCACACUGUGCAGAUCUUAAGAUUCUUUUUUUACUACUUUUACCUGUUGUUGUCUCCUGAGUGCUCAAACUAAACUAUUCUAAACGCUUUGAAUCGUCUCCCUGCAGCCCCCUGUCCACCCGAGAGCGUGGCUGUUAAUGCUCUGUGUGAUGAUGGUGACAUGACCAUCUCAUGGUUGCCCAACCCUGACGCUCAGCACUUCUACGCGACUGCGGUGAGCAACACUGGAGCGAGACUACACUGCAACUCCUCCGGCACCGCCUGCACCAUAUUCAACCUCCCGUGUGGACAGACUUACAACAUCACUGUGGUGUCAAAGAGAGACGAGUGUGAGAGUGAGCCAAGCGCUGUGGUGAAGACCUCAUCAGGUGAUUUCAGCGAUUAUCCACUUAUUCAAAGGCAAAAUUUACACAAAGAAAGAUAGAUGAAGACAGAUAAAGUGCUAAAUGUUAGUUGGACUAAACUUUGAAAUACAAGAAAGAAAGAAAGAAAGAAAGAAAGAAAGAAGAUAAAAUAAUAAUUCAAAAUAUGCAUAAAAUAUUAAUAAUAUUAUUAAUAAAAAUAUUAAUAACAUAAAUAAUAAAAGAAAUAAAUAAUAAAAUAAAAAUAACAUAAAGUAAUAAAUAAGUAAUAAUAUAAAUAAAAUAAAUAAUAAAAAUAAAUAAAUAAUAAAAUAAUAGAAAUUGAAAAUAAUAAUAUAAUUUUUUUUCAUGACAAAUAUUAAAUAAUAAUUGAAAAUAUUAAUAAUAAAAAACUAUUUCCAAUAUAAUAUUGACUCUUCCAACACUUGUUCUUCUCCAUUUCACCCUCCACAGCUCCGUGUGUGCCCAGUAAACCUGAGGGCCGUCUGGAUUGUGUGUCAAACUCCGCCUGGGUGACGUGGGAGGCUUCAGAAGGAGCCGACAGCUACUACGUUGUGGCCGAAGGGGUUGGAGGUCACACCUCCAACUGCACCUCCAAAUUCUCGCCUUGUAAUGUCCCAGAUCUACAGUGUGGAACGCUGUACACCUUCUAUGUCACUGCUGUCAACAAGCACUGCAACAGCAGCAACAGCACCACCUUUGAGCUUGAAACAGGUAUUUAAACUGGUGCAAGACUCUCAAAGUGACUCCUGCUGUAACUGGACUAUGUACUAUGAGUGACUGACUGUUUGAAACUUUCUCUCAUCUGUAUGUUUCUUGUACCGCAGGUCCGUGUGCUCUCACGUCCGUCAGCGCAGUGACCCAGUGCAACAACGACACCAUCCUCGUGGAAUGGGAGAGGACCGAGGACACGCCUGUGUACGUGGUGACCGCCGAGGGCCACGACCUGUCCAUCAUCUCCUGCAACAGCUCCUGGAACUCCUGUGUACUCAAGAAAGCGAAGUGUGGCAUGCAUUACAGCAUCAUUGUGUCAACUUCCUCUGAUAAGUGCAGCAGCCUCAGAAGUCCACCAAAGAAGAUUAAAACAGGUGUUUUACAGCUCACUAGUAGAGUCUGAUUCAGUCGCGUAGGGGUGCAUGUGUGAAUUCAAAUUAAUUUCAACAUAAUUUUAAAGAAACUCUGAAGAAAUUUUGUGUUUUUAGCUUUUUUGGUCCUUUUUUUACUUUUUCAAUUGUUUGUUCUCUUUCCUAUUUUAGCCCCCUGUGCUCCAGAGAAUGUGACGAUGACACCAUCCUGUGAGGAUCAUGGAGCCUCAGUGACGUGGGGACACUCCCAUGUGGCUACAUCCUACCUGCUCAUAUCAACAGGAGCUGAUGGACACGUCGUGCACUGCAACACCUCAAUGAACAACUGCACUCUGGCCAACCUGCACUGUGGACAGACGUACAGCUUAAAUAUCACAGCGACAGGAGACAACUGCACCAGCCCCGCCACCACUGCUACCUUUAGAUCAGGUAAAGACACGUGGGACAACAUGUGGGCCUCCGUUUUUACUGUGAUCAAAAAGGAUUUGUCGGUCUUAUGUCAACUUCUGGGUUCCUCUCUCCUCUAGUGCCCUGUGAGCCCUCUGGUCUUGCCGUGGAUGUCGACUGCGAGACAAACUCUGCCGUCUUGUCUUGGGAUGCCAGUGAGGGCGCUGUGGAGUAUUAUGGCUGCGCUCAACCCUUCGAGGGAGACCCGAUUUACUGUGACAGCGAUUUCACUUCCUGUGUCAUCGAGGGCCUGGAAUGUGGAGAGGUUUACAAUUUCUCUGUGGAAGCUUCUGACGGCUUCUGCAACAGCUCAUUGAGUGAACCUCUGCAGGAGGGAGCAGGUAAUCAUUACAUCUGAAAGAUUAGACCAUCUCUGCUGAUAGUAUCAUUACAAUCUGAGCCUCACAUACAAACUUUUAAAGCUUGAUUGCUGUCCAUUUUAAGAAGGUUAAAACUGUUUUUGGUACCCUGUUGUUUGUUUAUAGAUUUGUAAAUUACUCCAGUUAAUGUAAUGGUUAGAAAUCAAUCAAUCUAUCAAUCAAAAUGUAUUUUGAAAGCACUUUUCAUACAUAGAUUGUGGCACAAAGUGCUGUCCAUUCACACAGGAUAUUGAAAAAAAGACACAGGUAACCAAUGCAGAGAUUUUCAAACUGGCGUGAUGUGGACUCUCUUCCUGGUCUUCAUCAGCAUGCGUGCAGCUGAAUAUUGUAGUAAUCAAUAAAUCCAACAACAAAAGUCAGCAAGAAGAGCAGUUUUGUUCAAAAACACUCCUAAGUCUGAGUCUUUCUCCUCUUUAGCUCCUUGCCCGCCGUCUACUCCGAAAGUCAGACUGCAGAGAAUAGGACAAAUUCACUGGGCCAUGGCAUCAUGGGAACACAUCGAUUGUCCUGACGUUGAGUACCUUGUGGAGAUAACCGGUAGAAUUGAGGACAGCCCACAAGCUGUGAUGGAGGUUUCAUCAUACUGGCUUCCCAGGCCGUACUUUGAGUUUCCCAUGCCCUGCAGCACAGCGUAUAACCUCACUGUACGCUCGAGAAACUCGGGUGGUGUAAGUGAGCAAUCUAUUGCCUUCAUUGGAGUCACAGGUAACUUUCAAUCUGCACAGUGUAUUUUUUUUCUUUGCAGUGCAAAAAUCAAAUACAAACUCCUUUCCUCUUUUCUUCUUUUGCAGUCCCCUGCGCCCCAAAGAAUGUGCAAUACUCCGGUACUCGUGAGUCAGUCAGAGUUUCCUGGGAGUCAUCGGUGUUUGCAACGGGCUACACGAUCUAUGAUGAGUCAGGAGCAGAGCGAGUGGAGCUGUGCAGCACAGAGGAACUCUUCUGCCAACUCAUCGACUUUGAUCCUGAUAACACAACAGUAAUAGCUUACAAUGAUGAAGGAGAGAGCAACCCAAGCCUUGAGAUAACAGGUCAGUCACAGAGAGUCAAUUCUGUUAUUUAAUGCUUACUUUUGCUUUUCUCUUCAUGUCACAUUUAAUUCUUGCUCUCGAAAGUUGUUACAAGAGUUUAUUUACCUCUUCAGGUUCGCUAAGCCUUCGCAGGAGAAGAGAUUUGAGGACCACAGAAGUUUUCUCCCACUUUGACAAUGGUGAGUGUCGUGUUACAGCACCACCAAAAGAAAGGGAUGAGUGAGAUAAUGAGUCAUAGUUGUCCCGCGGUCAUUGUAGACGUACACUCCAAAGGUUGUCCCAUUCUCACACGGCUCUGUUUCCCUCUUUGUUUGUCUCUCAGGUCUUGAAGUCCCAAAACUGCAGAAUGUAACAGUAAGUGGAGUUUCUUUGUACGUGAAGUGGACGACAGUGAAGGAUGCGAACGAGUACACGCUCUUGAUUGAGGAGGAACAGAACAAGCAGCAGAGAGUGAGGACCGUGGAAGGUGAUUUUUACACAGAGACUAACCUCAAGCCGUGGACCACCUACAGCGUCAGAAUCAGAGCCAAAAACACCAUCACCCAAAGUCACUACACCAGACCAGUGAGCAGAACAACCGGCUCUCGUUAA